CGGGGGGUCCGCCGCGGGCACCGGCAGCACCGGCACCGAGAGGCAGGGAGGAAAGGAAAGGGAAGGAAAAGGAAGGGAGAGAGAAGGAGGGAGAGAGAGAAGGAGGGAGGGAGGGGAGGGAGGUCACCGCAGGUCAGCACCUACCUGGCAGUUUCAGCUUCUGCUCUCAGCAACACUCAGCAAUAUUCGCUCCCUGUCACCUUGGAAAAAGAAAAAAAAAAAGAAAAAAAGAAAAAAGACAUUGCUACCUACAACCCGUCAGCAAGUAAACUAAGCUUAAAUAUAUAUAUAUAUUUAAACGCAGUAGAAGCCACAGCAGCUGAAUCUGGUCCCUGGGUAGCAUGAGUAGCAUGAACCAGAUAGAAACAAACAUGCAGUACACCUACAACUACGAAGAAGAUGAGUACAUGACCCAAGAAGAAGAAUGGGACAGGGACCUGCUCCUGGACCCAGCAUGGGAGAAGCAGCAAAGGAAGACGUUUACAGCCUGGUGCAACUCCCACCUCAGGAAAGCAGGCACACAGAUUGAGAACAUUGAGGAGGACUUCAGAAACGGCCUCAAACUGAUGCUGCUCUUGGAAGUUAUCUCAGGGGAAAGACUACCGAAACCAGACAGAGGGAAGAUGCGCUUUCAUAAAAUUGCUAAUGUCAACAAAGCUUUGGAUUAUAUUGCCAGCAAAGGAGUGAAACUUGUGUCAAUUGGUGCAGAAGAAAUUGUUGAUGGCAAUGUGAAAAUGACACUGGGUAUGAUCUGGACUAUCAUCCUUCGCUUUGCUAUUCAGGAUAUUUCAGUGGAAGAGACCUCUGCCAAAGAAGGGCUGCUGCUCUGGUGUCAAAGAAAAACUGCUCCUUACAGAAACGUGAACAUUCAGAACUUCCAUCUUAGCUGGAAAGAUGGCCUUGGAUUAUGUGCACUUAUCCACAGACACCGACCUGAUCUUAUUGACUACUCCAAGCUAAAUAAGGAUGACCCCAUAGGAAAUAUCAACCUUGCCAUGGAAAUUGCUGAAAAGCAUUUGGAUAUCCCUAAGAUGCUGGAUGCAGAAGAUGUAGUAAACACUGCCAGACCUGAUGAAAGAGCCAUUAUGACUUAUGUUUCCUGUUACUACCAUGCAUUUGCUGGUGCUCAGAAGGCUGAGACUGCAGCUAACCGGAUCUGUAAGGUGCUUGCUGUGAAUCAGGAAAAUGAGAGGUUGAUGGAAGAGUAUGAGAGACUAGCAAGUGAGCUUUUAGAAUGGAUUCGCCGGACAAUUCCUUGGCUGGAAAACAGGACCCCAGAAAAAACAAUGCAGGCUAUGCAGAAGAAAUUAGAAGAUUUCCGGGACUACCGCCGCAAACACAAACCUCCCAAAGUCCAAGAGAAAUGUCAACUGGAGAUCAAUUUCAACACCCUGCAGACAAAACUGAGGAUCAGCAAUCGGCCAGCUUUCAUGCCAUCAGAGGGAAAAAUGGUUUCGGAUAUUGCCGGUGCUUGGCAGAGACUUGAACAAGCUGAGAAAGGCUAUGAAGAGUGGUUGCUGAAUGAAAUACGAAGACUGGAAAGACUUGAACACUUGGCUGAGAAAUUCAGGCAGAAGGCUUCCACUCAUGAACAAUGGGCAUAUGGCAAAGAGCAGAUCUUACUUCAGAAGGAUUAUGAAUCUGCUUCUCUGACAGAAGUCCGCGCCAUGUUAAGGAAACAUGAAGCUUUUGAGAGCGAUUUGGCUGCUCACCAGGACAGGGUGGAACAGAUCGCUGCCAUUGCCCAGGAGCUGAAUGAACUGGACUACCAUGAUGCUGCAAGUGUCAAUGAUAGAUGCCAAAAGAUAUGUGACCAAUGGGACAGCCUGGGAACACUUACUCAGAAAAGGAGAGAGGCACUGGAGAGGACGGAGAAAUUGCUUGAAACAAUUGAUCAGCUUCACUUGGAGUUUGCCAAAAGAGCUGCCCCUUUCAACAACUGGAUGGAAGGUGCUAUGGAAGACCUGCAGGACAUGUUUAUUGUUCACAGCAUAGAGGAAAUUCAGAGUUUAAUCUCUGCGCAUGAUCAAUUUAAAGCUACUUUGCCAGAGGCAGAUGGUGAAAGACAAGCCAUACUGUCAAUCCAGAAUGAAGUUGAAAAAGUUAUUCAGAGUUAUAGCAUGAGAAUAAGUGCAAGCAAUCCUUACAGCACUGUUACUGUGGAAGAGAUUCGUAGCAAGUGGGAGAAGGUGAAGCAGCUGGUGCCUCAGAGGGAUCAAUCCUUGCAGGAGGAGCUAGCCCGCCAGCAUGCCAACGAGCGCCUGCGUCGCCAGUUUGCUGCUCAGGCCAAUGUCAUUGGGCCAUGGAUCCAGACCAAGAUGGAGGAAAUUGCCCGCAGCUCUAUUGAAAUGACAGGGCCUUUGGAGGACCAGAUGAAUCAGCUGAAGCAAUAUGAGCACAAUAUCAUUAAUUAUAAACACAACAUUGACAAACUGGAAGGAGAUCAUCAGCUUAUACAAGAAGCCCUGGUGUUUGACAACAAGCACACCAACUAUACUAUGGAGCACAUCCGUGUUGGAUGGGAGCUCCUACUUACCACCAUUGCUCGAACUAUCAAUGAGGUUGAGACUCAGAUCCUCACAAGAGAUGCCAAGGGUAUCACCCAGGAACAAAUGAAUGACUUCAGAGCAUCAUUCAAUCAUUUUGACAGGGAUGAAUCUGACAGUCUGCAUUCUGAUGGAUUUAAAGCCUGCCUCAUCAGUCUAGGACAGGUUGGAAAUGACCUGCAGAGGAAGAAUGGAUUGAUGGACCACGAUGAUUUCAGAGCUUGCUUAAUUUCAAUGGGUUAUGAUUUGGGUGAAGCUGAGUUUGCCCGAAUCAUGUCUCUGGUUGACCCCAAUGGACAAGGAACCGUCACUUUCCAGUCCUUCAUUGACUUCAUGACCAGAGAAACGGCAGACACAGACACGGCUGAGCAAGUGAUAGCUUCCUUCAGAAUCCUGGCUUCAGAUAAGCCUUAUAUCCUGGCAGAUGAGUUACGUCGAGAGCUGCCUCCUGAGCAGGCUCAGUACUGCAUUAAGAGAAUGCCUCCGUACACCGGCCCAGGUUCUGUUCCCGGGGCUCUGGAUUACACCUCAUUUUCAUCAGCACUGUAUGGAGAGAGCGACCUCUGAUUCUGUAAUUGCCCGUAUUCAUGGUAGACACUAAAAAUACCCACCUUAUUGCCCAGGUUGCUUCUCAAAAGCUUUGACAAGCUGAUUUAAAAAUGAGUUUUACAAAUACAGUAGGUACUGUCAGUGUAAAGUGCUAGUAACUAAAGUAACUAGUGUAUAUUAAAGUGUGCGGCACGCUAGAUUUCUGCGUUGUUGGUUUUAGGUUGUCUGUCCAAUACAAUGCUAGAAAAUAUAUUAAAAAAAAUUGCAAGAUAUUAACUCUGGUAAUAUUCAUUUGGAAAACAGAAUGUAAAACCUAAGAACGUUGAAACUCACAAAAUAUUUCUCCAUUUUCAGAAUGUUUCAAUGCCACAUGUGCUUCUUUUACGAUGUUCAUAAAACUACAUUAUAAGUCAUGCUUUUUUAUUUCGUAGAGCAAUAUUAUUUUCCUCUAAUGAUUUCUGAUUUUGUAUGCUUCUACUGGUGGAAUUUAAUAAAAUAUUAAAAUGCAGUUUUUUAGGGAAGAAAUAUAUCAACCAAGUAAACUACUUGAUUAUGAAAAUAAUCCAGAAUGCUAUGUUUUUGUCUCUUAAAGAAGGUUUUAUCUUAUCACAAAGAAUUGUAAUAUAGCGGGGAAAAGCUGAUUAAAUUGCAGGUUUAGAGUUCUAUAUUCAGUACUUUUCUUUUAGGCCUUUAACUUUUACAGCUGAGGGAGUACAACUUUUAUAAUAAGAAAUAGUAAGGAAGCUAAUUUCAUGUGAGCUGUUUUGUUUUGAAACCCUCAUUCUUGUCUGUGUUGGACAGUCUGUGUUUCUCAGUAUAAGAAAGCCAGUCCCUUGUUGUAUUAGUGGGCAACAUUCAUCUCUAUCCUGUGUAUUGCAAAAUCCCAUCUGAGCAUAUGUAGUGUGGUUGUCUUGCAGCUUUAACUGUUCAGUGCUCAAAUUUCAGUUUGUCUUGACUUCUACUGGAUCACAGGCAGUUCUGUCUAUAUUAUGCUCCUGUGCGCUAGUUGUUUCCUGUUUUUUUUUUCCAUCUUGAGAAAUGAUAGAGAAGUAAAAGCAGUAACUUUUUUACUUGAAUCCUACUGACACUGAGGAAAUGCAAUGUAAUCAAGCAAAACCAUUUACAAAUGGUGAAGUGAGCUGUGCAGCCCAGUGCUUUUAAAGCAAUGAUGUGCCUACUAAAUAAAGUCUGCUUUUCAAAACCUUA